AUACUAACCAAGAAAUUUAAAGAAGUUGGUGAACCCCCAUUUCAAUAAAUAAAAAAAAAAAUAACAGCUGUUUCUCUCUUCAACAAGACCAAUCUAGAGAGGCACAACACAAAGUUUGAGUUUUGUUGUUGAAAGUUGUGAAGUUGUAACUCCUCUUUUGGUUUUGUUUGCAUUUGCAGAGAGUUGAGUCUUAAAAUUUUAUUUCAAGUUUAAUUUAAUUUAAAUGGAGUUUAAUUUUAGACGACAAAUUUAACACAACUUUUUGAAGAACAGAAACCAAGUCAAAAGUUGUCUCCUUUUGUUACUGCCGUUGUUGGAUCAAAUCUCAUGUUCUUGAUCUAAGGCGGCUCAAAAUUGUGUCUUUAUGAAUCUUUGUUGGUGAAGAUGGAGCAGCAGCAAAGGCAAUCUCCCAAUGUUCUUAGAGGGUAUAGAGUUCAAGCUCCAUUGGUUGAUUCUGUAUCAUGCUAUUGCAAAGUAGACUCUGGUCUAAAAACAGUUGCUGAAGCAAGGAAAUUUGUCCCAGGAUCAAAACUUUGUAUCCAGCCUGAUAUCAAUCCUAAUGCACACAAAAGCAAGAACUCACGUAGGGAGCGGAGCAGAGUACAGCCACCCUUCAUCCCUGGCCUUCCUGAUGAUCUUGCUAUUGCAUGUUUGAUUCGAGUUCCUCGUGCUGAACAUCACAAACUUCGUUUGGUUUGUAAGGGAUGGUCUCGCCUCCUAAAUCGAACCUUCUAUUAUUCUCUUAGAAAAAGCCUGGGAAUGGCUGAAGAGUGGGUUUAUGUCUUUAAGCGAGAUCGUGAUGGAAAGAUCUCAUGGAACGCUUUUGAUCCUGUCUGUCAGCUCUGGCAACCACUUCCACCAGUUCCCAAAGAAUAUUCUGAGGCCCUAGGUUUUGGCUGUGCUGUUCUUAGUGGUUGCCAUCUGUACUUAUUUGGAGGAAAGGAUCCAUUGAAGGGUUCUAUGCGACGGGUCAUCUUUUACAGUGCACGGACAAAUAAAUGGCAUAGGGCACCUGAUAUGCUUCGGAAACGUCAUUUCUUUGGUUCUUGUGUUAUAAAUAACUGCCUUUAUGUGGCUGGAGGGGAAUGUGAAGGAAACCAAAGGACUCUUCGUUCUGCUGAAGUUUAUGAUCCUAACAAGAACCGGUGGAGCUUUAUUUCAGAUAUGAGCACAGCCAUGGUGCCCUUUAUAGGGGUUGUUUAUGAUGGGAAAUGGUUUCUUAAAGGCCUUGGGUCCCACCGUGAAGUCAUGAGCGAAGCCUAUUAUCCUGAAACAAAUGCCUGGACUCCAAUCAGUGCUGGCAUGGUUGCAGGUUGGCGUAACCCAAGCAUCUCUUUAAAUGGACGGCUUUAUGCUUUGGAUUGCCGGGAUGGGUGCAAGCUUAGGAUUUAUGAUGGAGCUACUGACACAUGGAGCAGAUUUAUAGAUAGCAAGAUUCAUAUGGGGAGCUCACGCGCAUUGGAGGCUGCUGCACUUGUUCCACUGAACGGGAAGCUUUGCAUCAUUCGCAACAACAUGAGCAUUAGUCUGGUUGAUGUUUCUAGUCCUGACAGACAAGUUGAAACUAACCCUCACUUGUGGGAAAAUAUUUCUGGGAAAACUGGUCAUUUAAGGACACUUGUCACAAAUAUAUUGUCUAGCAUAGCUGGCCGAAGUGGUCUGAAAAGUCAUAUUGUUCACUGUCAGGUGCUUCAAGCAUGAGGAUCAGAAUUACUUUUGCUCAAGCUUCCCAUACCAUUCUUGCAUUUCUGUUGCUUUGUUGUCAUAGAAUUAUAUUUGCAGUUUCACCUAUUGGGAAUCUGCAUUUUGUGAACCAGAAGGCUACACAUGCUCUCAUUUUGUAGAAAUUGAAUCAAUAGUGACAUGCCUUGGGAGUGAUUCAAGUUACACUUGUCAAGUUAUUUUAUCAUAUUGAGGCUUGAGUUGAGAAGGCGAAAUCAAUGGAUACUCUUGUGGGUGUUUCCGAGAAGCCAACAAGAACAUAUACAGUAAAAUUCUCGUCUACAUUUCUGGUGAGGCAACUAUGGUGACUGGCAACACUCUUCAUGUCAUCGCCCUGUAUUUACGAGGCAAGAAAAGGGUGAUUCGCUAUUGAUUGCAGCAAUAGAAUUAUGAGGCCUUUCGUUCACAUUCAUGAAGAGGGCAGAUACUUGUAAAUCUGUCAAUUUGGAUUAGGGGUGAGUCUGUCUUUGUUUUUUGUGGGCUCUUAUCACAGUUGUAUGUAGUCUUGGAGAUUGAGAUGGUUUAUGAAUGUACAUGGGGUUAAUUAAGAUGAGUCAACUAUAUACUUAUAACAUCUCAGUGGAUAUAAAAAUGUUAGUUUUUGGGUAUUAA